AGUUUAGAUUCGCCAAAAACGGCCCCAAUACCCGAUUAUAUAAAAAAAAAAAAAAAAAAAAACACACCGGAAAUAUACAGAACUAACAGGAGUGAGUCAUCAUCUCAAACGAGAUUGAAUCUGCUGUGGAGUGAAUACAACAGUUAGGGUUUUGAUCUAAGAAAUGGCCUUCUGGUGGCCUUUGAUCGUAAUUGCUCUUGCUUGCCUUCUUUGUAAACUCCUUUUUAUGUUCAUUCCCUCUAAUGUCCCUUCCAUUGAUGUCGACGCCUCCGAUGUGUUAGACGAAGGAAAUCAAACCAAGGAAAACAGUUUCAUUUAUAUACCUUCUAGACGGCAAACUGAUAAAGUUCAGUGCUAUGAACCUGCAACAAUGAAGUACCUUGGUUACUUCCCUGCACUGAAAGCUGACGAGGUCAAGGAGAGGGUAUCUCAAUCUAGGAAGGCGCAGAAGAUAUGGGCAAAGAGUUCGUUUAAGCAAAGACGUCAGUUUCUUCGGAUACUUUUGAAGUAUAUUAUUGAACAUCAAGAGCUUAUAUGCGAAGUCUCUUCACGUGAUACUGGAAAGACACUGGUAGAUGCUUCUUUGGGAGAGAUAAUGACAACAUGUGAAAAGAUUACUUGGCUACUUGCAGAGGGUGAGCGAUGGCUAAGGCCUGAAUACCGAUCUUCGGGAAGAUCCAUGUUCCAUAAGACAUCCAAGGUUGAAUUUCAUCCCCUGGGUGUUGUUGGCGCUAUUGUAUCAUGGAACUACCCAUUCCAUAAUAUAUUUAAUCCAAUGCUAGCUGCUGUCUUUUCUGGGAAUAGCAUUGUUAUCAAGGUUUCAGAGCAUGCUAGUUGGUCCGGGUGUUUCUAUGUGCGCAUUAUUCAAACAGCUCUUGCAGCUGUAGGAGCCCCUGAGAAUCUGGUUGAAGUGAUAACUGGCUUUGCUGAGACUGGAGAAGCACUUGUGUCCUCUGUUGACAAAAUUAUAUUUGUUGGGUCCCCUGGAGUGGGUAAAAUGAUAAUGAGAACUGCUUCAGAGACGCUGAUUCCGGUCACACUUGAGCUUGGUGGAAAAGAUCCAUUUAUUGUGUGUGAAGAUGUGGAUGUGCCACAUGUUGCGCAAAUUGCUGUUAGAGCUGUUCUCCAGUCUAGUGGCCAAAACUGUGCUGGAGCAGAAAGAUUUUAUGUUCACAAGGACGUUUAUUCUUCCUUUAUUGCGGAAGUAGUUAAGAUCGUAAAAUCUGUUAGAGCUGGCCCUCCACUAGCUGGAAAGUAUGACAUGGGAGCCAUAUGUAUGCAAGAGCAUUCUGAAAGGCUUCAAAGUCUUGUGAAUGACGCCAUAGACAAAGGAGCUGAGGUUGUUUGUCGCGGAACUGUUGGCAAUAUAGGUGAAGGAGCUGUUGAUCAGUACUUUCCUCCUACUGUCAUUGUGAAUGUAAACCAUAAAAUGAAGCUGAUGCAGGAAGAGGCCUUUGGACCAAUUAUGCCAAUAAUGAAAUUCAGCACCGAUGAAGAAGUUGUCAGGCUCGCAAAUGACUCAAGAUAUGGCCUUGGCUGUGCUGUCUUCUCUGGCAGCAAGCACCGUGCAAAGCAAAUAGGUUCACAGCUGGAAUGUGGGGUUGUUGCGAUCAAUGAUUUCGCUUCAAAUUACAUGUGUCAGUCUCUGCCAUUUGGUGGUGUUAAAGAUAGUGGAUUUGGGAGGUUUGCUGGUAUUGAAGGGCUCAGAGCCUGCUGUCUUGUGAAAUCAGUUGUGGAAGAUAGAUGGUGGCCACUGAUCAAAACAAAGAUACCUAAGCCUAUUCAGUAUCCUGUUGCAGCAAAUGGUUUUGAGUUUCAAGAGUCACUUGUUGAAGCUUUGUACGGUUUGGAUGUUUGGGAUCGUCUACGUGCAGUGGUAAAGGUAUUGAAGAUCUUAACUGAUCAAAAUCAGCCGUCACCUUCCAACAAAAAGAGAAGAAAUGACUGAUGUUUUGUAUCGUAGAUUUGGUAAAAUAGAUUUGGUAAUAUGCAUCUUUUUCCUUAGAGAAGUUCUAUUCAUGGACAAAAUUGAUCAGUGUCUCAACAAGCACAUACUUUGUCUCCAUCGUUUUGCAUAGGACACUUGUACAUUUUGAAAAACUUGUGCUAAUGUUGCAGAUCUGCAGUAAUAUUUAAAAAAAGAAAGACUGUUAUUUUGAUA